AUGGGCAAAUCCUCCAAGGACAAGAGAGACGCCUACUACCGUCUAGCCAAGGAGCAGGGAUGGCGUGCCCGCAGUGCCUUCAAGCUCCUACAGCUCGAUGAGGAAUUCGACCUCUUUGCCAACGUCUCACGCGUCGUCGACCUGUGCGCCGCUCCGGGAAGUUGGUCUCAGGUCCUAUCCCGCGUCCUCAUCAAGGGCGAGAAAUUCGGCCGAUCAGCAUGGCAGGACCGCGGGGCACAGUUCCGGCAGCAGAUGCUGGGCGUCGUGCCCCAGUUGUUCUCCGAGUCAGAUAGCGUGAAGCUGGACGAGCAGCUGUCGCAGGAGCAGGUCGAGUCGAAGCCGCGCGACGACGUCAAGAUCGUAUCCAUCGACCUGCAGCCCAUCUCGCCGCUGGCGGGCAUCACGACGCUGCGAGCCGACAUCACGCACCCAGCCACCGUGCCCCUGCUCCUCUCGGCCCUGGACCCAGACUACGACGCCAAGAAGGCGAGCGGCGGUGCCAGCACCGACAGCCAGGCCUCAAACCCGGUCGACCUCGUCCUCAGCGACGGAGCACCCGACGUAACGGGUCUGCACGACCUGGACAUCUACGUCCAGUCGCAGCUGCUCUUCGCCGCGCUCAACCUGGCCUUGUGCGUGCUCAAGCCCGGUGGGAAGUUCGUUGCUAAGAUCUUCCGCGGCCGCAACGUCGACGUGCUCUACGCGCAGCUCAAGAUCUUCUUCGACAAGGUCAUCGUCGCGAAACCCCGCUCCAGCCGCGCCAGCAGUAUCGAGGCCUUCAUCGUGUGCAUCAACUUCCGCCCGCCUCCCGGCUUCCGUGCCAGCCUAGAAGAGCCGCUCGGUGUCGGCAGCCGACUCGACCGUAUGCUUGAGCAGCGGCAGAUGCAACGGCCCAUUGUUGGACAGGACCUCUUGCAGGAUCCUGUCACGGGGACUUGGGGCUCAGCUGCCGCCACCGCCCUCUCAACAGGACUGGGUGGCCAUGACGGUAUCGUCGAGAUUGAGGCUUACGACGAGGCCACCGGUGAUGGUUCAGCACAGAGAAGCAUCGGCUGGAUCGCGCCGUUUGUCGCGUGCGGUGACCUGUCGGCAUUUGACUCGGACGCGUCAUACCAGCUGCCGGAGGACUACGUCUCGCUUGAUCCCGUGCAGCCGCCCAUUGCGCCACCCUACAAGCGCGCUAUUGAACUGCGUGCUGCCCUGUCCAGUGGUCCCCAAAAGUGA